AUGGAAGACACAACAAUUUUACUUGUUGGUAAUGCCUACCCAGUGUCAUACAAUGCGAAAGAAGUGGAUCGACUUCUAAAGUUUUAUGAUCUGAAAAGAAAGGGAAAGAUAGCUCGUGGAGAAAUAGUUGAUGAAGAUUCUGAUGAAGAGAUGUUUGGAGAUGAAGAAGAGGAAGAUAAAGAUAAUGGUGAUGAUCAAACAGAUGAUAAUCCUGAUGAUGGUAAUGAUAAAGAUGAUAAAGGUGAUGAUGAUAACGAUCAAGGUGCUUCUGGGUUAUUAGUCAAAGAUCCAAUUGUUCAAGAAAGAAUAGAAGAGCUACUGAAUGACGAGAUUAAUGAGCAAGAGGAUGAUGUACAAAAUGAAGCAUCAUCAUCUGGAAAACAACAUGUUGAUCAGGUACUCCUCUCAAACCCAACUGUUAUUUACUUGAAUGUUCCACAAGAAGGUGAGGUUGAGGUUAGAAGAACCAGAGCUGAAAUGCUAGAGGAGUUGGGAUUAGAAGAAGGAAAGUUCAAACUUGAUAUUGAGGAUGAAAUUCCUCAGUCACCAGCUAAAGACUUCGAGCCCAGAUAUGCAUUUGAAGCAGAUCAUUUUGAUGAUGUCAUUGUUGAAGACGCUUCAGAUUCAUCCGAAGAUGAAAUUGAUUUUCAUUAUGCUGGGAUUGAUGAGACAUUUCCUUCAUUUGUUGAGAUGUUCAAAGACAGAAAUUAA